CCCGGCUAGGCGGGCGGGGACUGGACGGGCUCUACGCGUUUUUCCUCCGUGGCGGCGGCGGCGGCCAGGGACGUACCGGGAACCUGGCGGCCGCGGAACAGCAUCAAUCGCGGCCCGGCGGCCGCGAGGCGGAGGGUGGUUAUUUCAGUCCCUCACAGGCGGGUUCGUGGAGGUGCUAUUUCAGUUCAUGAACUUUUAAGAGGGUUCGUAUUCUGAACGAGUCGAAGGCGGUCUGUCUCACCUGUAAGGACAUUCCAAAGACAGCAGCGUUUGGCGCGGUCGGCCAUGAAUCAUCUUCCCGGGAGCUCCCGGCUCCAGCGCUUCGUCAAGUGGAUGAGUAACAGAAUCCCCAAAGCGGCUGCCUUGGAACUUGGGUUUUUACUCUGGGAAGUUUGAGACGUGCCCCAGCUGGUGAGCCCUGUUCCUGAUUUCCUGGGAUUUCAAGGAGGAACUGGGCCAGCCAGCAGAGCCCUUACGCUCAGUUCCAAGAAGCCUGUCCUGACCUUUGCCCACGCUGCCCUUGAGGUGUCCUAAGAAGAGCCGAGAGAAGGAACCCCAGAGACGAUCUUGGGAGCCCGUGGACUCCCCGGUGUCUCUCUGGUGGCGCCACACAGAGGGUGGGGCUGAGAUGGCCAACCCCUUCCUGAAGCAGGUCUUCAACAAGGACAAGACCUUCCGCCCCAAGCGCAAGUUCGAGCCGGGCACCCAGCGCUUCGAGCUGCACAAGAGGGCGCAGGCGUCGCUGAACGCGGGGCUAGACCUGAGGCUGGCCGUGCAGCUGCCGCCCGGCGAGGAGCUCAGCGACUGGGUGGCCGUGCACGUGGUGGACUUCUUCAACCGCGUCAACCUCAUCUACGGCACCAUCAGCGAGGGCUGCACGGCGCAGUCCUGCCCCGUCAUGUCGGGCGGCCCCAAGUACGAGUACCGCUGGCAGGACGAGCACCGGUUCCGCAGGCCCACGGCGCUGCCAGCCCCACAGUACAUGGACCUGCUCAUGGACUGGAUCGAGGCACAGAUCAACAACGAGGAGGUCUUCCCCACCAGCGUUGGCACCCCGUUCCCCAGGAACUUCCUGCAGGUGGUGAAGAAGAUCCUGUCGCGGCUCUUCCGCGUGUUUGUGCACGUGUACAUCCACCACUUUGACCGCAUCGCGCAGAUGGGCUCCGAGGCGCACGUCAACACCUGCUACAAGCACUUCUACUACUUCGUCACGGAGUUCGGCCUCAUCGACACCAAGGAGCUGGAGCCGCUGAAAGAAAUGACCACUCGGAUGUGCCACUGAGGGCCUCCACCCUGUCUGCUGGGCCCUGCCCAGGGACACUGCAGCCUGGGGGCCACGCCUUGGAAACAUGACCAUUUUCUAGACCACGUGUCAGUGAGCCCCAUGCCUUCAGUGCCCCCCCACCCCCGGGCACCGGGGUUCAUUCUCUCCAGGGCCCAGGUGCACAGACUAAGCCUGGACGCUGUGACUGAGCAGCAGGGAAAAGCCACUUUGUGAACCCGCUUGCCUUCGCCUGGAGGCUGCCGCCACGCCCAGGCCUGUCCCCAUCGCCGCCGGAGCGCAGCCACUGCACGGCCUAGGCUCCCGGCCAGGGAGAGGCCUCCCCGGCACCCCAGACUCCCAGCCUCUCCCAGAAGGCACCGCCUGGACCCGGCCUUGGCCCCCCUCAGCCCCUCCAAAACGUCGGCUCAUCUGUGCAGUUUCCAGACCCCACGUCCGCGUCCAGGCUUCCCAAGGCCGCCUCGAGUACCCUCAAGGGUUUAGGUCUCAUACUGUCCUUAGGACCAUCUUGAGAUGCUUAGGGGAGAACUUUUCACCCAUACAGUGCCCGCCCCCGCUUGAGAUCCCCCUUUCCCUUCAGAACAGCAGAGAACCACCUGCCUGCACACUGGGAUCGGUUUUGCCGAGUGUCUGGCUGCGAUCAGCCUUUCUUCAGCACCUGCCAGCUUUAUAUCGAAACCUUUUGUCAGGUGACACCCCCUCCCCAGGCUACGGGACCAAAACCCCAGCACAGUUUGGCCACACAACAUAGGGCCAUGUGGCCAGGGCCCCAUGGGGGCCUCGCUGCAGUGACUACAGGGAGCCACAUGCUGCCCCAAGCCCGCCACCCUCCCCAGUGACCUCCCCCAGGCGGCCCUUCCCACCCCAACCACACCCAACUCUAGUACCUCGGGUGCCCGGGGUGCUCCCUGCAGGAGCGCCAUCACCCAGCACACAAGUGCAAUUAACGCAGCCUGGGCCUCCAUCCUUCCAGACACCCGGGCCCGUUCUGCAGGCUACGGAAUGUGUCUCCUUUAAAUGCAAAACCAGGACCAAAUGCCAGAACCACUGUGCCCCCCCCCGCCCUCUCCAACCCCCCUAUCAGGGCACCAGCUGUUGCCUGCGGCCCGGCCAGGAGGGGAAGGUGGUGGGGACUGCGGGUCAGGGAGGGCCUCCUCCCCACCCCCCACACCCCUGGGUAUCCACACAUGAGCCGAAUAAAUUGUGCCAUCUUUGUACCUGCG